CGUCUUAGUGACAGGUUCAGCCGCUUCGUCAUGUGACAAAGAAAAAAGGUCAGCGGAGGAAGUAGGCGAGGUCAACCCGGAAGCAGGGUUACUUCUGCAGUGGAGCGCUUAUGAUGGACCCAAAAAUUCCUUACGAUGACUACCCACUUCCUGUGGUAUUUCUUCCCAAUUAUGAAAAUCCUCCUCCAUGGAUCCCACCACAAGAGCGCAUUCACCAUCCAGACUACAAUAAUGAGUUGACACAAUUCUUGCCCCGCAACGUCUUGCUUAAAAAACCACCUGGUGCUCAGCUGGGUUUUAACAUCCGUGGUGGCAAGGCAUCCCAGCUUGGAAUCUUUAUUUCUAAGGUAGUUCCAGACUCUGAUGCACACAGAGCAGGGCUACAGGAAGGUGACCAGGUUCUCUCUGUGAACGAUGUGGACUUUCAGGAUAUUGAACAUUCUCGGGCUGUGGAGAUCUUAAAGACAGCUAGGGAGAUAGUGAUGAAAGUGCGAUUCUUUCCAUACAACUACCAGCGUCAGAAGGAGAGGACUGUACACUAGAUGGCAGCAGAGAAUCUUUAUUUGAACAUCCUGAGAAGGUUGAAGAUUUCAAAAGAUGGGGAUUUAACACUUGAGUAACUUGGUGUAACUGUGAUCAUUACUACUGGAAUGAGUCAUGUCACUGAUUGUGGCUACGAGCAUACUUAUGAUAGCUGUAUGUCUAAAACACAAAACACAUUGCAUAAAUUAUAAUAUCUUAAAAACAGGAUUUAUGGGUAAUCUGAAAAAUGAAUCCACACUGUCCUGUGCAGGCCUUUCUGGUAUAAUGUAUACAACAAGGAUUUGAGUGGUGAGUUUUAAAAUGAUAUUUUAGUAUAGUUCAGAUUUAAUGCUGAACAUUUUAGAUUAUUUUAUUUAUUUAUUAUAAAGAGUAUUUUUCAGCAGGAAAUAUUUGGAGGGUUGAGAGGGGUUAAUUGGGGAGGUAAUAAUAUUUCAGGUACUUUUGAUGACGUUUCUGUGCACAAUUGUCUUUUAGGUACCAUUGCUAUAUAUUCCUGUAGUUACGUGUGGCAGCUAAUCCCAUACAUAUCAGCUAAGGGAUAUUAACACUGAAUUAAUUUACUUUUAUAAACCCGUGGCUACUGCAUACUUUGUUUUCAUUUUUUCUGUUAUCAAGCUUGUUAAAGCUUCGGAGUUAACAUUCAGGUCUUUCUUUGUUGCUGCAAGCGAUUUGGUUAGCAAAAGAUGAUGUGGAAUAUCUCUGGUGAUUAACUAAAGUGGAAUGUGCCCUCCACUUUAUAGAUUAAUAGCCCUGAAGAACAUGAAAAAACAUUUCACAAUUUGGACUCUCACAGCCACAAUUCUGUAAUGCUGCAGCUAUGCUUUUAUUUAGUUGUGCUCGGUAACAGUGAUGGACAGACUGUCCAAUUUAUUUCCUCAUGGAAAUGGUAGAUUUCUUGAGGAAAUGUGAGGAAAAUCUCACGCCUAAAUACUGUAUGUAAAAGGUGCAGACUACUGAAAUACCGACUGAACAUUGGGCAUUGCAACACAAGUAUUUCCACAGCAGUAACUUUUAAGCUUUGGAGCAGUUUCAUUGAUAGAUAGAUAGAUAGAUAGAUAGAUAGAUAGAUAGAUAGAUAGAUACUUUAUUAAUCCCAAUGGGAAAUUCACAUUCUUCAGCAGCAGCAUACUGAUACAAUAAAUAAUAUUAAAUUAAAGAAUGAUAACAAUGUAAUCAUGUUUUAACCUUGAAUUGUUUUUAUUAUUAGUAUUAAUAAGACUUUGAAGUGGCUUUGAGCUCACUUUGUAUUUUAUUUAAAAAGAAACCAGGGCUGCUUAGAUUAGUCAUCCUUCCCAGAAAUACACUUGCUGAAGGCUAUAUUUGUUGUUGGAAUUCUGUAUGUUAAUAUUUUUUAAAUAAUUAAAUGCAGUCUGGGAUAGGUAAUAUUUCAAAACUACUGUAUCAACAUUGUUACAAGUGAAGGGGAACAUUUCCGUUGAAUAACAAAGGUUCUUCUUGAUGGUGCCUGAUAAGUCCCGGUUUUGGGUUAGAGAUAGAGACUAGAUGUGGAAGUAUAUGUGGUUGUAGCAUACCACAAUUUAAUCAUUGUAAAAUACAGAAUGAUGCACUUUGUUAAACUGUAUUGGAUCAUGAGUGAUUGUGUUUUUCACUGCAGAAUAAUAAACAACUAAAUGAUUUAUUAACUAUAA